UAACGUCGCAGUAAAAUUCGUGACUUCCAUGAUGUCAAUUAGCCGGCUGCAAUCGUGCUCUGUGCUUACUCGUAGCGUUUUAUCGACUUCUGUGCGUUUGUUUUGCUCUAAAUUAGGAAAAAGUAUGGAGAAACAUCAAGUCGUACCGGAUGUAGUUCCCGUUGCUCCAGCUGAGGUAGCCAAGGUCAGUUACGCAACCGGCGUUGUGGUCAAUGAAGGUAACGUGUUAACUCCGACGCAAGUGAAGGACAUCCCGAAAGUAGAAUGGAAUGCAGAUGGAUCUGCGUUCUAUACACUUUGCAUGACUGAUCCAGAUGCACCAAGCCGUAAGGAACCAACUUAUCGCGAAUGGCAUCACUGGCUGGUAGGUAACAUUCCCGGAGCUGAUGUAGCGAAAGGGGAAACACUGUCGGAGUAUGUUGGAUCUGGACCUCCUAGCGGAACCGGCUUACAUCGUUACGUAUUUCUGGUCUAUAAGCAGGGUGGAAAAUUAAGCUUCGACGAACCGAGACUAACCAACAGAAGUGGUGAUAAUCGCGGUGGAUUUUCCAUUAAAAAGUUUGCCGACAAGUACAAUCUGGGUAAUCCGGUUGCCGGUAAUUUCUAUCAAGCCGAAUGGGAUGAUUACGUCCCACUACUGUACAAGCAACUUGGCGCUUGAGUUUCUUUAAAUAAAAUGCAAAAUUGAGGUUA